AUGUCUUUGGACACACACGAACCCAAGAAGGGCGUCUCAAAGCAGAGGUCUUUCGACAGGAGACCCAAGCAGACCGAGCAGCCGUUGACAUACGAUUUGGUAUGCGUCGGCUUCGGACAGACAGCCUUGCCACUUGCCGUCAACCUCGCCGACCAAGAUACCUCUGCCAGCGUUCUCUUCGUCGAACGCAACAGCUGCUGGGAAUGGCAGUCUGAAAAUGUCUUGCCGGACAGACAAGUGGGCUCUUCAUUUCUGCGAGACCUCGUUACGACUCAGAAUCCGCGAUCCGCCUACACCUUCAUGAACUUCUUGCACGCCACAAACCAGCUCAUUCGGUUCGCAAACAACUCUCGGCUGGAGCCUUCUCGCCAACUGAUGGGCCAGUACUUCCGCUGGGCAGCAGGACAAAUCCAACAUCUCGGAUGGGUGCAUUAUGGCCAGGAGGCGACCCAUAUCUCCCCUCUUAAGGCCAAAUCCCAGAACAAGGUGGCCCAGUGGUCUAUCCAGCUUCUCAGCAGCAAUAAUUCGUCAACGCCAUCAACGAUCCUGGCCAAGAGAGUCAUCGUCGCAACUGGUUCUCAGCCAUACAUUCCGCAAUCUCUCUCUCCUGCCCCUCUUGUUCUGCACUCCAGCGCUACCAACAGCCUUCUCUCAAACCUCCACACCGUCAAGCAGUCCUUGAACAUCGCCGUCAUUGGCAGCUCCCAAGAAGCAGCCGAAUUGUUUGAACACCUCUCGUCAGCCCGCCAAGGCAGCCACACCGCAACACUCUUCUAUCCCGACUCUGCACUCCGACCGGCCGACGAGACACAUAGCGUCCAGGAUAUGUUGGAGCGAACUGAAUCCAUGCCUGGCAAUUUGCCCCCUGAAGUCCGCGAGCGUCUGCAUGGACAACAGAUGGGCGGCGUCCAAGGUCCGAAAGUCGACCUGCACACCUUGGAGGCAUUAUACGAGGCCCAGUACACACAGAAGAUCCACGAGCGUGAUUCCAGCAAAUGGAGGUUCCAGAUGAAGGCUCUGUCUGAGGUUGUGUCGACUCAGCGGGAUGGGGAAAGGGUGCGGCUGGUGGUCAAGAACACGCGUACUGGCGAGACUUCAAUCUCGGGGAAAGCAUUCGACGUUGUCAUCGCUGCCACAGGAUACAACUUCAGCCUUUCGAAAGAGCUGGUGGAUGUUCCUGCUGCCUUGCUCGACGCCGGAGCAGUCAGUGUGGACCGCGAGUACCACGUCAACUUCCGCAGAGACACUCUGGUGCCUGGAUGUGGCAUGUGGUUGCUUGGAUCCUUGGAAGACCGCAAUGCUCGCUCUGACGAUUUCAGAUGGAUGGCAGAGCGUGCUAGAAGGGCGGUGAAGAGCAUCUGCAGGGAGAUGGAAGUCGAUAAGAAGGCCGAGCCCGAGCAGCGAAGUUCGCAGCAAUACGGCGAGCGAGCCAUGUUUUAG